AUGUACGUACUCAGUAAUAGCAUAAAAGUCUGUGGGUACAAUACAUGGUAUUACCAUUUCAAACUUGCUCCGAAAGAAAAGGAUGUCAUGCACAAAUCCAUUCGCCCCUCCCCUAAUGACGGUCUAGAAGAAGAUCUUGAGGAAUUGCAACGUAAUUUCUUUGCUAAUGAGCAAAAAGCCGCAGCAACUGUUAUUCGCAGUACACCUCCUGCCAUGCAAAGCAAGGCACCUAAGAAGGAGAGUGUAUUCGCCCAAAGACGGCGCGAAGCACAGGAAAAGGCGUUGAAAGACGCAGCACCAAUGCCACAACUUGAGGAUGUAGAAAUGCCAGAUCUUGAGUCAGUGCCAGUUGGAUCUAGAGUCGAGCAAGUUUCAGAUCAAGACGAUGGUAUUGAUGAUCAAGUUCCAGUAGAGGAUCCAUUCCCGGAACCCCAUGUGCCAGUGACGAAAAAAAUGCUGGAUUUGACAUCGAUGCUCGGCAAUAUUUUGGGACAAGUAAAAGAACAUAAUGUGGAAACAGUAACAGCGCCUGUGUUGCCUGCCGAUCGACCUACUGGGCAAUCAUCCCGACGUCACGUCCAAGGGUUUCCAGAGGCAGCACAUCGUAGCGAGUUCAGUAAACGAAUGGCUCAAAAAAAGAAGGAAGUUAAAUCCGAAUUGAGUUCUACGAGUACAAAAGUGAAUGAUACUUACAAGCAAGAUGACGAAGAAGACGAAAACAGUCGUCGAAUUGCAAACAUGUCAGAGCAGGAAAUUGAGGAAGCAAGACAGGAGAUUAUGGGUACCUUGAGUCCUGCUUCAAUUGAGACACUAAUGAAUCGACGCAAGAAUGUUAAACCAGUGGUUAAGAAUACACAAAGAUCUACAGAUGAAUUGAUUGACGAAGAAGAAAAGGAGCGGAUUGCUAUGAAAGAAACAUAUUUUGCUGAUGUUCCAAUGGAGUCAGAUAAGCUGGCAUGGAUGAAACAGGUGAAGGAAGAAGUUGAAGACGAUAAGGCAAUGUCAUCGAAUGAGAAAGUGUACCGAAAAUUGAGAUUUGAUUUACAUGGCAAACCUGUUAAUCCUUCUAUGGAUAUACCUCGUCAUCAGGGGUUACAUCAUCAUGGAGAUGAACCCGAAAAAGCCGGCUACACUUUGGCCGAAUUACUUCAUUUGGUUCGAAGCCAAGUGCCUUCUCAGCGAGCAAUUAUUUUGACUACUAUUGGACGAAUUAUUCAACAUUCAAAAAAGUGCCUUUAUUCAAACAACCCCGAGGAUAGCUGGGCACACGAAGUGAUGCGAGUACUGUUGAGGCCUGAUCUUGCCAUAACUCUUUAUCUGCGAUCUGCAUUAGAUGACCGCAGCUUGGUAGUGCAGGCAAGUGCGAUUGAAGCUAUGGCUGCACUUGUAUUAGAUGUGGACAACAAAGAAGACAAUAACAUGGAAGUAUUCCUUGGUCAUGUCAUCAGUCCGCGUACACCUCCGACAGCCGGCUCGACUACCAAAGUGACUGGACUUGCCAACCGCUUUACUAGUUCUAUUAAUGCAAUUCGUAAUCAAAAUAAUGAUGAAGACGAGGAUGAUGAUGAUGCAGUAUUAGCAGAGAAGGAUCUUAUACGUGGUCUGAUUGGCAUGGAUAUCCUUGCCCGUAUUCGAUAUCUUGUGGCACCUGAUAGUGGAUUGUUGACUGAUCCAAUGUCAAUGGAGCGGCUAGUGGCCAUUUUGGUACGUUUUGCCGAGGCAGGAAAAGACGUAUGCGAGAAAAUCAUGAAACAUGAACUAUUGGAACGCGUGUUCGAAUGGGGUAUUGUAAACCCUGAAUGGCCCAUUAGUGGUACUUCAUCCACAAGGCCAAGCUUAGUUGUGCUCCGAUUGAUGCGAGUGUUAGCUCAAGGUAGUAAAACUAUUGCCAAGGAUAUAUUACCCAAGACAACAGCCGGUCUUCCUUUCCUUGUCGUUUCCCCUGCUAUUGCUGGCUCGAGAGAAGCAGACGCGUAUGAGCUGCAAUGUGAGAUGCUGCGUUUAUUACGUGUAUGUAUGUGCUAUGGACUGGUGAUGCCUAUAAUUGAGGACCUGCAGUCUCUUAAUAUGUUCUGGCUCCGUGAAUCUGUUCACACGCCCUCUGCAUUGAAUGAUAAGAGAUCAAUGGCAGUCCUUUCCUUGUUGGAAGUUGAGUUACAUCUGGCGGCCGAUCCACACAAGACAACCCCUGUACACGCCAUCAGUUGGCACCAACCACUUCAGUUUUUGCCUAUAGUAGUUUCUCUCUUGGGAUCCAAAUGCGCCCAACUUCAAGACUGUGCAUUGGGUUAUUUGGCUGCUUGGUCAAGCUACAUUGACCGUUUCCCGCCUUCUGCUACUGAGAUUCGUCUGGUGUGGAAUGCACUUGAUAUGACUGAUUGGUCUGUACCCACUGUAGAUCGUACAUUGCGUCGCCUCCAACUCCUGAAGGCAUUCGGGUCUAUUCACCAGCCUGUUUACAACGAUUUGAAAGAAAAUGUCAAACACGUAUUAUAUGAUGCAAGCUUGGUCGAGUCUCUCAGGAGAUCAUCGGGUCGGGCGGGUCGGCUUGCAUUUUGGUUGUGGAUCAGCCAAACUGAUGAAUCGGGUCGGAAACAAGUGUGGGCCGACUGUAACACGGCGGAGAUUACGAUGGCCGUCUGCAGUGUGCAUGCAGGUGCAGCCGAAACGUGGCUGGCGCAGGCUCUGAUGCGGUCCUCUGUGCUCGAUCGACUAGAAACAUCCGUAUUGGAUGCAUUUUAUAUUCCACAGAGUGAUCCAUCCAUGUCAAAGGCGUUGUUCGAGUAUGAUGGACGAAUUAUUGAUACAUUUAUGUAUCCUAGCUACGAUGUAUCUAAGGAUGUGAGUGUGUUUCUGUGGUCUCCGAUUGAUGAGCUCUACCAUGGAGAGAAGUCCUUUGUCGAAAGUGACGCCAAAGCUGCUGAUAUCAUUAAGGCCACCCUCAAGGCCGCAAGUCUUCAACCGGAGACUGACCGGGCAGUGGCUAUCGUUUCUUUGAUGAAGAUCUUCUUGAUCGGAGAUCGGGAAGGACGCCAGAGUGGAUUUGAAAGUGAAAGAGAGGUGUUCUGGAAUGUAACAAAAGAGGUAGAAGGAUGGCUUGAGCUUUUGUGUAGUUACCCCACUCAACUUGAUCUAUUGGAAUCCGCAUGGAAAAGAUCAUCGGCACACAUCCGACAAGCCCAUGUUUCGUUUUACCAAUUUUACCAAGCGUUUGUUGGUCAAUAUGCAGCGGUUUCUAUGGGUACUCAUGUAUUUGCUCGACUAUUGGCAUAUGUGGCCACUGAAUUGAGAGACGAAGUUGAUUACUGGCAUCUUCUUGUGAGCGACUACCAUGAUAUCCUAAGAACAAUACAUGUCCGUCCCGACGAAGUAGCCAACCGACAGGGUUUGCUGGACCUGCAGAAGCACGUGUAG